UGUACAACACAUUCGUCGAUUGACAGCCCCAACCUUACAUGAGUGAGCUUCUGGUGCUUGACCGGUGGCUGCACAAACUGGGCAACAGGUCGAGCAAGCGAGGCCAGCUCUCAGACCACCAACGGAUGACGUCAGCAGGACGACGCAGCCACCGCAGCCACCGCAGUCACCCACCUGCAUCGUCGCCCAUUCUUGUCACACCGGUCGACCGAUCACCGCACACCACUUGUUGUCCAGGCUGGCGCUGAACUUUGAGCCAUUCAGAUUCCUCGCGCCUCCUCGGGGGAGGGCUGGGCGAAAAAAGCAAUCUCCCUAACCCUGAUCGAUGCGUUGUCCAAACAAAACUUUUUCAGCUCGGUAGAAUUUAUUCUGUCCCUGUGUUUUGAAUCCGUCCAUCGACAUCAUAGCCUAUCUCACAAAUUACCAGCCAUGUCUACGCGCGGAGACGACCGCUCCUACAAGGUUGUCUACUCAAGCCGAGCCCGAGAUGAAGUCGAUGAGCGGAUUCCGGCCCGGCUACCGAGGCGGGAGUAUGAUUACGACGAUGAUUACCGGGUCGAAAAAUCAUACUCUCGAGAUUAUCGCGAUGAUCGCAUUGAGAUUGACAGGAGGUCAAGGACCAGUGACACACGUACUCAACUGCCUCCGCCUGUAGGUGCGACGAAGACGACGUAUGAAAUCGGCCGCGACAGAAACUCCGAAUCAUAUGUUAGACGUUCCAACGCUGUGAUUCUUGAUCGACCCCGCGAUCAUGGCCGAUCCGAGUAUGAAAUUCUCCGCCCCGAACGGAGAGACGAUGGAGCUUAUGUCUUCGACCUUGAUGGGGCACGCUCACGCGACUACCUGGUUGAUGUGGGUUCGAAGGGUUAUGACCGACCUCCACGCUCAAGAUACGGUGAUCCGCCAUUGACAGCGUCCAAGAAGGUGGACGAUGUGUUUAUGUAUGAGAGAACUGGAGGUGGCGGUCGUGAUCGAACAGUGAGAGAUGUACGGUACAAGGAUGUCCACGUUACGGAAGAAAUCGACGAUGAUCCUCGCUACGCCCGCCGAGGUCGCACCUCUGACGCUUAUGCCGAUGAUAUUGCUCCGCCGAAACGACUGAGGAGUGCAAUGCGCGGCAGAAACAAUUCCCCGCCUUCGCUCGUGGAACGACGUAGCGAACACAGUGUAGGAUUCUACCGAGAUCAAGUCAGUCAUCAUGAUGCAAGUGAAAGCAAGCACGAAAGGCCAGGAGCCGAGGCGCACUUGGCUGGUCGCUAUCUUGUUGGUAAUGGAGAAUUCGACGAUGAUCUUUAUGCAGCGGGUUACACCCGCCGCAACAGGAGUCGAAGCCGCUCCCGAGGAAGAUACGGUCCGCAGAGGAGUGACCCAAGACUGCAUGAGUACGAUGAAGAGGAUGAGGAGCGACGCACCUACACCGAGGAAACGAUGCGACAAUAUGAGUAUGAAGAUGAACAGCGACCCCGAUAUCCUCCACAGAGAGGCCACUCCAGAAGGCGACACCACCGCCAUCAUCAGCGUGAUGAUGACCGCUCGAGCUACUCGGAGUACGACACUGAGGUGGUUAAACGGACCACAAAAGAGUAUUACCGAUAAAGGUCAGGGUAGCUUGGUCUGUGUUUUUGGCUUGCAAACUACCUCAAGGUAUGGCCUGCCUGUCAGAGACAAUAAACUAUCUUGCUUGAAAAGCUGCGGCAUGUCGAAGGACUAAACAUCUCGUGAGCAAACUAUCUGGUUCUCGUUACGCAUCCUUCCCAGCCAGAUCCAACGUCCUUACCAACUGCUCCUUAUCUACUGAGAGUCAAAUUCCUUUGCUCCGAUGGCUACCGCAACACCGGCCUUCUCCUCGAUCGAAUCUUCCUCCGAUGGAGCGACUCCAACUUCGACGUCUGUAUUCUGCGAUUUUGAUGGUGGAUAGACCGCCUCAUCAAUCUUCGCAGCACCCACGUCCGAAACAUAAGUGCAGAUGAGGUAGUAGACAAGGCUGGAAGUGGUGAAGCCAUAGAUGCAGGAAAAGGUAUAGAUCUUCCAGGCACCUCCGACAUUGAGGUUUGUGUCAAUGCUCUUGCAGAAACCCGGCAGCAGCGGUGCCACCGCCGUGAAGAAGGACGCGUAAGCCCUCCAGUUGAUGCCGACCUUGGAGUAUCGGUAAAUGCCAUGGCCGUUGUACAUCUCGUGGAUGUUAAGCUUCUUGUGCACAAUGAGGUAGUAGUGGCUACACAUGGUGCCGCAAAUGGCACCCAUGAACAUGCUGUAGCCGGACAGGAAGGCCAGCAAGCCGGAUGCGUUUUUGAUGAUCUGCCAUGGGUUCGACACGACACAGAAUACCGAGAUGAUCAAGGUGGCGCGGAAGAUGUUGAUGUACUUGGGACAAAGACCAGAGACUGUGCUCCUGGUUAGCACUGACCGUUCGACUUUCAAAACAACAUCGGCGGACACUUACUAUCGUUGGAAAACGGAUACGUCCCAGCCGCGAUCUGGUUACCAAUUGUGGCCAGCAUGAAACUGAAGGCCGUGAAGAACUUGGCGGCGCGGGAGUCGAACUUGGCAAUCACAGCCGGCAUAUACCACUGGAAUUCUCCCCACAGGUAACUGUGGGCUGAAGUGACAAAGAUCGGGGUCAAGGCGCCCAGCGUUCCGAUGACGGGCAAUGCAAAGAAUUGGUUGUAUCCCUUCAGGUUGUUCUUGGAGAAUCGACUGAAAUCCGGGAAGUUGACCGCCAUGGAGCUGAAGAGGCCGAUGAUGGCGUUCAACCCGGUCAGAGCGGAAUAUGCUGUGUUCAUGUAUGUCGAAGUGAUUUCGGCAUGUCCGGUCACCAGUGGCCCACCUCCUUUUGUGACAAUGGCGGCCCACAAGAACAGGGCGAGGAAGGUCGGAGGAACGACGAUACCCUUGAUCAGGAAAAGGAUUCGCAGCUUCUUGAUGGGCAUGCAGGCUAGGAUCGUUUGGAAGAUCCAGUAAAUGAACUGGACAUCAUCAGUGCUCGAUUCGGAUGCAGGAAUCGGGUAUGCUCACAAAGCAGAGGAGUCCAGCUGAAGUGAUGCCAGCACUCUCAGGCAAAUGAUUGGGAAAGUUGGCAAAGCUCGGCCAGAUCGCCGUGAGACAGUUGUUGAGAAAGUCACCCGCCUGGACACACAGAAUUGCGGCUGUUUAUCAAAGUCAGCUCGACUUUCAUGUCUGCAAGAAACGCGCGUGACGAGUGUAACAGUCUCGUCAAGUUAUCAGGAAGGGAGGCUUACUCCACAUGGCCGCCACGAAUGACCGCAGAACGAUGACUGGAUAACUCCCAUACAUUCCGAAGAUAGAGCGCACCAGCACUGGGAAGGGGAUGCUAUAUCGGGCACCCAUCUUUCCAGUAAGGGUCAAUGCUCCCGAGCAAAGAGCGAAGCCACAAAAGACGAUGGGGAUCUGCCAAUUUGUCGUCAGCAUUUACAAGACUUGCGAGCUUUGGGAUAAAGCUCCUCCAAGCUGGUUCAGAACCAAGGUACUCACCGUUUCGCGGGCAGUAAAUCCCAAGCUCAUGACAGACGACACUGUGGAUGCCAGUGGAGGCGCAAGCAUAUCGCUGGUCCAAUAUGCCCAAUAAUCCUAUGGAAGGGAAGUCAGUCUUGUGAAUCUCGAACCGGCUCCGGAGCCUGAGAGCUAGGCACGUACCAAGGCACCCCAGGUACCUGCAGACAUAGUCAGCUGGGAUUGACUUGGUUGAAGGCGCUUUGGUAGCAGGAAAGACUUACGAUCUUCAGGUUUGAUAGGGUCGAGAUCUGGGUUGGACCAGCGAGCAUCUUGGUAGACGCCCUUUUCCAUAGGGACCUGCCAGUGCAGCUGAGGCUCGAUCUUGGCCUUGAUGCGCUUGGGCGAAAGGCGCUUCGGCGAGAAGCGUUCUGCGGAGAAGUUGACCAUGUUGUGGGCUGGGAUGUGUCAAAGUCAAGGACUAAGUUCAGUCGAAGACGCGAGUGUUGAAGGAUUGAGAAUCUUCCAACACAAUCGGGAGGCGAAACAGAGAUCUAUAUAGCCCUUCAGCUCAUGGGCUGAAGAAGUUCAAUCCCAAGGCUGGACAGUUGCAGGAUAGACGAGCUGGGUGGGGCAUGCACAGAUAGACAAGGGAGCCACGAGGAGAACGGGCAGAUAGGGCCCCGCGGCAUGUGGUCGAAGGCCCGC